AUGCAAAAGCUUGUCGUCGCCGAGAUUUGUUUACUGUUGCUGAUGCUGAGCGUGACCACCGGAAGCAGAUGUGUAAAGGAAGAGAGAACACGGACAGGAAAAAAGUGUAGUCAACAGCAGCUCAGAAGAGUGGAUAAAGCGUUAUCGAGAGCUGGAGAUAUACCGGAGGGAUCGUGGAUUUGUUUAAGCCACAGAAAUUUGAUACUUGCCGAGGACAAACGCUGCUCCUGCCCAUCUUCGUGGGGACACGGUAAAAGCUUAUCAAAAGUUCCGAUCCCUGACAGGCUGUAUAGAGUAUUUGACGAGGUGGGCAGGAACAGCGUUACCGAAUACAAACCUGGGUCAAACUGGUGUACUAAAUGCAGAGUCCUCGCAGAUAAAGAAUUCGCGUCCCACCCCAUGUUCACUCCGAGGAAGCAAAAAAAAGUGACAUCAGAAAAUAAGGUAAAGCACACUAAAUAACAUUAUAAUUUCAGCAAUUUUAAUUCACUGUCUUCUUUUAAAAAUAAAAAUAAUAAUAAUUUAUUCUAAAACAGAUGGACAAAUAAUAUAAACAAAAAUAUUUUUCUAUAGGAAAAUGUAAUGAACCAGCCAACACCACAGAAAAACAAGGACAUUCAGCAAACGUCAAGUUCCCAAAAAGGUUAAGUACAGAAGAAACUUGAGUAAAAUCAGAAAAUUUACAUCCCUCUCUUUCAACUCAUUAUGCCCAAUGCCCAAUGUUAGUAUCUCUCAAAAGAUUUUCCAACAACACAUAACAUGAUUUAAAUCAAGGGCUAAUAAAAUUAACAUUGAAGAAAUUUAUAUUUUUAGAGCCUUCGCGUUUGAGAAAAUGAUGGAGACAUUUCAGAAGGCCCUCAGCAGCCACUAUGAAAAUAGUGGCCAACCAUUAUACAAUGCAGAAGAUAUGAGGAAGUUUUCCGAGAUUUAUGCGCCAGGCUUGUUUGAUGUCCUCCUCAGUUCAAUUCUUCGAGACGACUCCAGGCUGUCAGAAGACAGGAAAACACUGCAGGAGCAAAGAACAGUUGCUCUUCUCCAUAUUAUGACAUAUUUUAGGUAUCUGGCAAGGAAUGAAAUAGAAAACAAUGCUGACCUCUAAAGAGAUCAUGUGGUAAAAAAAAUACUUAUUUGUUGUUUAUCUUGUCUAGAUCCCAGAAGUCAUGUCCCUUGCAAAAAGACCUGGGUCUGUACAUGCACCAACAUGGCCUUUCAAGAGCUGGCUUGAACAAUGGCCCUAUCUUUGGCUUUUCAGUAGCACCAAGAUCAAUUGAUAGGCACAACAUCAACUUACGGCAGCAGUAUCCAAGCUUGUUAAAGCAAAAAAUAGAACAGUCAGUUAAGGUGCAACUGAAUAUGUAAAUACCUGAUAACUUUUAUUAAGUACAAAUCCAUUUCUAAAAUAAAAUAAAUUGAAAGCAUACAGAAAUGUAGGCUACACAGUAAUGUUUUAAAAACAGCCAAACCACUGGAAUCAGGGUGCCUUAUUAUUCAUAUUAAAUGACAGAAAAUUUACAAAUACUACAACAAUAUAUUUUUAGAAUGACAAAUUUAAUAUUGUUUGAUAACCUGAACACUUUAGUGGCAUUUAAUGUAUGAUUAUCUAUUGACAACUCAGUAAGAGGUUAAAGAAAUUGGACUAUCACAUAUAAGAAGGUAGCCUGUGAACAGGCUCUAUGUUUGGGGAAGGCAAGAUAUUUUCACCCUUUCCUAAACAGAGAGCCUGUUCACAGAUUAAUAAGAAUGUAACAUGAUAACAACUUGAUUACUAUGUUCAAAACAUAUCUACUAACUAUUACGACUAUUCAUUCAUGAUUGUAUUUUAUUAGGAAGGUACUUCUAUGAUUCUCCUCUUGGAUGAUUUUCAUAAUAUUCACACAAUCAGAAUGCCAGACAACCUGAAAUUGUCUAAAAGCAACACACAUGGCUUCUGUUCUACUUGA